UCAGCGCUCGGCCCUAGUGUUGGGCGCGCGGAGCGGGCGUGGCUUCCGCUUUCCUGGUCCCGCCUCUCUAACGCAGCCGGCGCGCGGGGCUCCUGACGCGCCUUUACGGAGCCGCUAGCAGCGCGGAGAGUGUGGGAGCGGCUGCCGCCGCAGUAUACAUGAAGUUCAAGAUUUGAAUCUGCUAUGACUGACCCAGACGUCCUCACUGAAGUCCCAGCAGCUCUCAAACGCCUUGCUAAAUAUGUGGUGCGUGGCUUUUAUGGCAUUGAACAUGCUUUGGCUCUGGACAUUCUCAUCAGAAACCCCUGCGUGAAGGAAGAGGACAUGCUAGAGCUCCUUAAGUUUGAUAGGAAGCAAUUGCGGGCUGUCCUCAACACCCUCAAGGGUGACAAGUUCAUCAAAUGCAGAAUGCGGGUAGAGACAGCUCCAGAUGGCAAAACCACUCGUCAUAACUACUACUUCAUCAACUACCACCUUCUGGUUAAUGUGGUGAAGUACAAGCUAGACCACAUGAGGAGGAGGAUUGAGACGGAUGAGAGAGACUCCACCAAUCGCGCCUCUUUUAAAUGCCCCAUUUGCUUCAGUACUUUCACAGACUUGGAGGCCAACCAGCUGUUUGACCCCAGAACAGGAACUUUCCGCUGUACUUUCUGUGAGACUGAAGUGGAGGAAGAUGAGUCGGCGAUGCCCAAAAAGGAUGCAAGGACACUCGUGGCAAGAUUUAAUGAGCAGAUUGAGCCCAUUUAUGCACUGCUUCGUGAGACGGAAGAUGUUAACUUAGCCCAUGAAAUCCUCGAGCCAGAACCUACAGAGAUUCCUGCCCUGAAGCAGAGCAAAGAACGUGCAGCUGGUACUGGUUCAGGGACAGCAGCUGGCCUUGCAGGUGGACACCAUCGGGAAGCAUGGACUACAAAAGGACCAUCAUAUGAGGACUUGUAUACCCAGAACGUUGUCAUCAGCAUGGAGGACCAGGAGGAUCUUAACCGAUCUGCAGGCGAAGGAAAGCCAGUCAGAGAGAGGCCAAUUUGGCUAAGGGAGAGCACAGUGCAAGGGGCUUAUGACCCUGAUGAAAUCAAAGAUGGGAGCAGGGAUCUGGAUGCCUUCCAGGAGCGUGAAGAGAGCCGGGCAGCUCUGGAUGAUAAUGAGGAGGUGAUGCGUGCUCUGCUUAUCCAUGAGAAGAAGACACCUUCUGCUUCAGCAGUCACUAUUGGAGGUGCCGCUCCUCUCUCCAGUGCCAACGCUAGUGACUCUGAGAGUGAGACAAGCGAGUCAGAGGAUGAAUCCCCUCCCCGCCCUCCCGCCACAGCCACCACAACUUAUGGGCUGGAGGAUGAGGAUGAAGAUGAAGAGUUUGAGGUGGUGGCAGAGGACCCCACUGUCACGGUGGCUGGGCGUCCGCAUUCAUACAGCCAAGUGAGCCAGCGCCCUGAGCUGGUGGCUCAGAUGACGCCAGAAGAAAAAGAAGUUUACAUAGCCAUGGGGCGACGCAUGUUUGAGGAUAUGUUUGAUUAACUGCUUCCUGCCACGGCAUUUUUUAAAAAGUGACUUUUUAAGCCAGAGACUCCCUAGUGAAACAGAAGACUAAAGUGCAUCUUUCCUCCCCUGUGCAUAGGGACACUGAGGCUAGGGACUGCUAAUCUCAAGCAUCUUGCCCACCAGAGAGGGGGAGCAGGAGGGCUGCAUGUGCCAAAACGGGUAGUGGAGGACAAGUCUCAGAAGUGAGAGUGCUUGCAAGGUGAAAAUCUGCUUCAGAGUGCCCUGCACCUUCUCCAAGGCCUGAUCAGCUGCCUGCCCCCAAUUGCUUUGAGUUUUUUUUUGUCACAGAUCCUAAUUAAGUCCACAUCCCUGCCCUCAGAGGAUGUUAAGUGCUCCGUGGUCUCGUCAGAGUGCUCUGCAGAGGAGGGUGUAAGUAAUGUUACAGCUACCUGUGCUCAGUGAGGGGAGAGGAGAGGGAAAUGCUUGCCUGCUAAUGGUGAGCUUGGGCAGGGCUUGUACUUGACCUCCUGCCAGCAGCCACUGGCCACUGGCUAUUUCUAAGCAGCCCUGUGGGCAGCAACAUUUUCUUGCUCUCAUUUGUUCCUCACUAGGUCUCAGCACCUCAAGGUCAGGGGUAUCUUGAAGCACGCAGAGUGGAAGCCUUGGCAAGCACAGCCAGUCACUCUUUGCCAGUGUAAUGCAAGCUCUCCAUGGAUCUAAGCUCUCAGAGCACUUUGAUUUAUCAGGAGAUACCUUCAUUUUCCAGUAUUGCUGCCUAUCACUUCUGCCUAGCCCUGUCCAGACUCUAGUGUUGCAGACUGUUCAUAUUGGGCAGGGCUGCAGUCAGGCAGUGCCAGAGAAAUAACGUAGCCAGUUUUGAUUUGCAGUCGCACCAGGGCUGUAUCAUCUUAAGAGGAGAUAUGCAAUUUUGAAUUCUGCUUUGGCACACUGUUUUACCAUAGGAAAACAUUCAUCAGUGCCUACAGAGCAAUAUCAUAUUUUUAACAUUUUUCUCUUCCAGGUGAAAAUGUUGGUUUUUUUACAAUUGUUGUGUUUUCCUAUCCAGUCGUACAGUGAAAUAAAAUGAUAAAAAUAAUUUUGUGUUCCAGGAGGUGGGGGCAAUAUUAUGUGCUGUUCGGUUUACAUGGACAGCAUGGAUUUGCUGUUCACUGAGACUGUAAAUCUGUUUUAUACUGCUCUCUAUGUUCUGCUAAACUUGUAAUGCCUCCCUUGUGGUUUUAUUUUCAGCUGCUUGAUAUUUUGAGACGCCCCUUUUUCUUUUUUUUUAAUCGUAUUUUAAAUUUGCUUUUAAGUCAUUUUAAAGAGUAAUAAAAGAAGAUUCUCCCCUUUGUCAUCUUUGUCAUGUGCCUAG